UAGUACUCCGUCCUCUGCUACAGCUAACUGAACUGCGGAACCACAGCGGCGGCUCCAGCCCGCUGCCCCUCAUCUUUCCAUGGGAGUUCAGGUGUCGCGUUCACACGGAUUCCUCUCUUCUUCUCCGUUUUCUUUUCAACCGACUGCCGCUGAUACUGCAGAGGACACCCGUCACAAGUCGGAAGUUGUGCUGGAGCGAGCUAGUCGCGUCGUUUGACAGCUAACGCUAACUAAGUUAGCUAGUCUCAUUGGUAUUCGAGAGCAGUUUCAAAACAAAGCCCGCAAAACGGAGGAACUGAGAGCCAGCUGAUCCCAAACAGCCCGAUCCAGACGAGCUAGCUCGGUUCAAGUCCUAAGAUAGGUUACGCUCUCCUGCUGCUUUUUGACCCUCAUUUAUUGCCUAAUUAACAUCAUUUUGCCGACGUGGGGCUAACUUUAAAAGACUGUCAGCUGGUUUGUCACGUCUGAACGGUGAUCUAAUCCACAGCUAGCGCUCGGCUGCUGUUGAAUACAAUCAGGUUGAAGUUUUCCUUUAAACUUGGAUUCAAAUGUCCGAAAAGAGUUCCUCAUCGGAUGAGGAUGUGGACCCGGAAUCCGGCCAGCCCGUGGAGCUCGGAGGCAUCUUGAGCAAGUGGACAAAUUACAUCCAUGGGUGGCAGGACCGAUGGGUGGUGUUGAAAAACAAUACUCUGAGUUACUACAAGUCUGAGGAUGAGCGGGAGUACGGCUGCAGGGGGUCCCUGUGCCUCAGCAAGGCUGUCAUCACACCUCACGAGUUUGACGAGUGCCGUUUUGACAUCAGCGUGAACGACAGUGUUUGGUACCUCCGAGCCGAGGACCCUGAGCACAGACUCCAGUGGAUCGACUCGAUAGAACUACACAAGGCCGAGUCUGGUUACGGUUCAGAAACAAGUCUGAGGCGUCAUGGUUCCAUGUUGUCUCUCACCUCAGCAGCCAGUGCCUUGUCUUCCACGUCCACGUCCUCCUUCAAGAAGGGCCACCGGUUGCGUGAGAAGCUUGCAGAAAUGGAAACCUUCCGGGACAUUCUGUGCAGACAAGUGGACACCCUGCAGAAGUACUUCGAUAACUGCGCCGAUGCCGUUUCCAAAGACGAAUUUCAGAGAGACCGAGUAGAGGAAGACGAGGAUGACUUUCCUUCCUCCACAAGACCCGACGGCGAAUUUAAUCACAACAACAAUGGCAGCAAAGAGAAAUUGUUUUCCCCCGCAAGUCCCAAAGGAAUGAACGGAAUAGACUUCAAAGGUGAAGCCAUCACCUUCAAGGCCACGACGGCGGGCAUCCUGUCCACGCUGUCCCACUGCAUCGAGCUGAUGGUCAAACGAGAGGACAGCUGGCAGAAGAGACUGGACAAGGAGCUGGAGAAGAGGAGGAGGGUCGAAGACGCCUACAAGUCAGCUGUGAAUGAACUGAAGAAGAAGUCACACUAUGGAGGACCUGAUUAUGAGGAGGGGCCCAACAGCCUGAUCAAUGAAGAUGAAUUCUUUGACGCGGUGGAAGCUGCACUAGACAGACAAGACAAGAUAGAAGAGCAGAGCCAGUCGGAGAAGGUCAGGAUACCUCGACUAACUCCAGUCCCUCCGAACGAUGUCUACUCCACCAUCGGCACGCACCGAUUUGCCAGCAAGCCCCAUAGCCACUCUUCCUCCCUGUCCUCCGUUGAGCUAGUCAGCGCGUCAGAUGACAUUCACAGAUUCAGCGCUCAGGUGGAGGAGAUGGUGCAGAAUCACAUGACGUACUCUCUUCAGGAUGUGGGUGGAGAUGCCAACUGGCAGCUGGUAAUAGAAGAAGGAGAGAUGAAGGUGUACAGGAGAGAGGUGGAGGAGAACGGCAUCGUCCUGGAUCCUCUCAAAGCUACGCACGCCGUCAAGGGGGUGACGGGACACGAGGUCUGCCACUACUUCUGGGACACAUCCGUCAGGCUGGACUGGGAGACCACUAUUGAAAACUUCAACGUCGUGGAAAGCCUCUCUGAUAAUGCCAUCAUUGUUUACCAAACACACAAGAGAGUCUGGCCGGCGUCCCAGCGGGACGUCCUCUACCUGUCGGCCAUCAGGAAGAUCCUGGCCACGAACGAGAACGAUCCCGACACGUGGCUGGUGUGCAACUUCUCCGUGGACCACGACAACGCUCAGCCCACGGUGCGCUGCGUCCGUGCCAAAAUCAAUGUUGCCAUGAUCUGCCAAACGCUGGUCAGCCCACCAGAGGGGGAUAAAGAGAUAAGCAGAGACAACAUCCUCUGCAAGAUCACCUAUGUUGCCAAUGUAAACCCCGGUGGCUGGGCUCCAGCCUCGGUCCUCAGAGCUGUGGCCAAGAGAGAGUACCCCAAGUUCCUGAAGCGCUUCACCUCCUACGUCCAGGAGAAGACUGCUGGGAAGCCCAUCCUCUUCUGAACACAAACAGGCUCGCCUGCAGGAGGCGCCGCGUCACUCCGUGUUGAACGUGCCCUUAACGACUACAAGACUUCCUCCUCCUGUCAAGUCAGAAUGUGUUUUUAAGGACCACCAUAUCACCGGGCCGUCCCGAUGGACUGCUCCUCCUGACUGGUUUUACGGCUUUAACGCGUCCAGAUGUCGUCCCAGCCGGACCGCCUGCUGGCGAAGGGCACAUUUGUAUGUAAAUUGAAAAAAUUUCCUACGUAGUUUUGGAAUUGUUACCGAUUAUUUGCUUUUUUUUUUUUUUUUUUUGUAAAUUGUUUUGUACAUUUCUUAUGAUUCCAUACUUUUUGACUUUCUUGGGUUGGCUUUAAUCACUAGUAUUACAGCUGCUUGUGUUGCUGCUGCUGCUACAGUAACUAACACGAGAGAAGAAAGUAGACAUUUACAGGAAAAAGCUCCGAUGAGGUGUUGUACACUAUCUCCUCUUUGUUGCCUUCUGCUGUCCCCCUCGUGAUGAUGAUCCUGUCUGCAGUUUCGACCGGGGGCGACGGGGGUCAGAGCCUAAAGCUUUGAGAUCUUUAUAUUUCUAGAUUGUUAUAAAGUCGCACCGUGGACACAAUGUAUUGUACAGCAGAGAAAACGGAGCGAGUUUUCAGUUAGUUUACCGAUGUGAGAAAUGUGAAUUGACUGUUAAAAGACUUGAAUGGAGGACAGAGGCGGGCUGAAGAAAUGCAGAGUGGGAAAUGAAGAGUCCAGCAGACACCCUGGGUGACGAUUUCAGCUUCGGCCUCGAACAAGGAGUCCUCUCUGUCCUUGAGAGACAAGUGGAUGCUUUUCUACACCCAAGGAUUCUCUCCAUCACCUGCCCCCCCCCCCCCCCCCCCCAACAGCAACAACAAAAGAAGGAAGUUUAUCCAUUUAUGAGUGACAAUUAGUCCGGCUUCGGUUUGUUCAGGAUCUGGCAAAGUCGUCCGGUGUUGAUCUCCACAACCCGACAGUCUCAGUCGUACACUAACAUGACAUUUCACACACUACAGCGCAGUGGCCUCCCGCCCUUCGACUGAUAAUCUGCCCCCCGAAAUGCCUUAGACACUGGGAUGAACCCCACAGCCCGGGUUUCUCUACUGUACAGGCACCAGAUGUGCAUUUAUCAACACUGAAAUGAAGCAGGGGGGGAUUUGGAGUCAGCAUUUCACAUCAUCUUACCUCAACUUUAAAAAAAAAAAAAAAAAAAAAUCUUACUUUAGAUGUUUAAUGCCAUCAAACAAUCAAACAUUU